AUGGCUUCCGCGUUAUCCCCCCGUUUCCAACAAGUCUUUCCGCCUCCCAUGGACGAUGUGUACAUGGAUCAGAUGGAUCUGAAAACCCUCUACCGUUUCUCUUGGACUUGCAAGGAGCUAAACAACCGCGUUUCGGGCUAUAUGCGCCGCGCCUUCCGUCCCAAAAAUUUAUUUGCUCUUAUCUUCAAACCCAAUGAACAUUUGCUGUUUCGUCUUCUCCAGUUCAAGACUGGCCUGGUUAUUUCAGAAUUCCAGAUCUGCUGGGAGAAUCCCGUAUGGAAAACUGAUGGAAGAAUGCUCAUGUGUAUGGCUGCCCAAGUGGGGACAUAUUUCCCAUAA